ACGAACAAUGAGCUUUCUUUAGAGCACUAACUAGACAACUCUUAAUUUUUCUUCCGUGGUGAGAAAAAAUGGCGGCAGUCACUCUCCUCGCUUCCUCCAUCUCACCGAACCCCUCAGCUCGCUUCUCCUCCCAAUCCCUUUAUCUCUCUUCCAUUACACCUAGCAGAACGAGGUUUCUGAGAAGCAGAAAGAGCCCGUUCUGCACUUUCGCAACCCUGAAUCGCUCGCCGGAGUUAGAGAAACCCUGUAUAGAGGUCGAGUUCAUCGGGCCGAAGGUGGGAGCGGAUGGGUCUUAUCCGGUGGAUAGGGCAAGCGCGAUUAGCGGGGAGAAGCUUCUCCGAAACAUUAUGAUUGAUAACAAGAUCGAACUCUACGCAGCAUACGGAAAAAUUAUGAACUGUGGUGGAGGUGGAAGCUGCGGUACAUGUAUAGUGGAGAUUAUUGAUGGAAAGGAUCUACUGAAUGAAAAGACGGACACUGAGAAGCGUUAUUUGAAGAAGAAACCCGAAUCUUGGAGGCUUGCUUGUCAAACUAUCGUGGGAAACAAAGAAAACUCUGGCAAGGUCAUUGUGCAGAGACUACCACAGUGGAAAAAAUGAUCAUGACAUUCAGGUUUCCUUACUUUGCUUAAGUAUUUGAGUUUCAUGAGAAAAAUAUGCUGAAGAACUUACUAUUUGGAAUGUUCGCAUUUAUAUAUCUAAGUCCUAAACUUCAAUUUUUACAUGCAUGCCACCCUCAUGGAAAUUGUAAAUAAUGGUAGUUUUGAAUUGAUAUGAAAGAUCUGGUCGGUAUAAAUGUAAAAAAAUAAAGUUUAGGUGUUAGAUAAUGUAAAUACAUAGGAGUUGUGUGGUAUUUAUAUAAAAAGCCCUUAGUUUCUGAUCUCAGCAAACCUUGUCUAAGAGCUUACCAUGUCAGCUAAAUAGUAUUUUAUCUAUUGCAUAGACCUUAAAUUUUUUGUCCAUUUGGUAAUUUACUUGUAAUAAGAUAGCCAAUUAAUUCAAAGGGAUAAUUAUAUGCCGGCCCCCCAAAACUUUGAUUUUUUCAAAUUAAUCA